GGAUAACCACACUUGUUAUUUUAUAUUUUAAUUUUGACCCAUUACAUCUAUAUGAAGUGUUUGUGUGUGUUUAUCCUUAAUUAAUUUUCAUCCAAAAUUGAUUCCAGCAGAAGCUAAGCCAUACUACUGUUGGGAUUUAUGACUUUAAAGUCUUCUUGCAUGAAGCUGGAUUCUGACUUUGUUAUGAUCUUUUUUCUUCUUAAUUUUAAUUUAACUACUAGUUUCUCUAAUUACAACGAGAAUGAGUGUGGUCAAAAGUAUCAAGAACACAUUUAAACAUUACUUUUUUUUAUUGUAGCAUUGUGAUUAGUGGCUUAGUACAGGCACUCGGAAUUCAUAAUCGUCACGAGGAGAAAAUGAGCAGUGCUUUUUCCUCUAUAUCUUCUUCUGAUGUGGUCCCUAAGAAAAAAUAUGAAGUUUUUCUUAGCUUUCGAGGUGAGGAUACUCGCAGAAACUUCACUAGCCAUCUUUAUGACGCUCUGAGCCGAAAGAAAAUUAAAAUCUUUAUAGACAACAAUGAGCUUCAAAAAGGAGAUGAGAUCUCGGCAGCACUCAUCAAAGCCAUUGAGGAGUCACAUGCAUCUAUUGUCAUCUUCUCAGAAAACUAUGCUUCCUCAAAAUGGUGCUUGAAUGAGCUCAAAAAGAUUCUUGAAUGCAAGAAAUAUAUGGAACAGAUUGUGAUACCUGUUUUUUACAACAUAGAUCCAUCAAAUGUGAGGAAGCAGACCGGGAGUUACAAGCAAGCCUUUGCAAAACAUAAGCGAGAUUUAAAGCACAAUAAUGACAAGUUGAAGAAAUGGAAAGAUUCUCUCACUGAGGCAGCUAAUUUGGUUGGUUGGGACUCUCAAAAUUAUAGGAGUGACUCAGACUUCAUUAAAGCCAUUGUUGAAGAUGUUUUGCGGAAACUGAAUCCUAGAUACCCAUAUGACAUUAAAGGGCUUGUUGGAAUUGAGAAAAAUUACGAACAAAUUGAAUCAAUGAUGGAAAUUGGGUCAAAUGAUGUUAAAAUCAUUGGAAUAUGGGGCAUGGGUGGCAUAGGAAAGACCACCAUUGCUAGGACUUUAUGUGGUAAACUUUAUUCCCAAUUUGAAGUUCUUUGCUUCCACGAUGUAAUGGAUGAAUCAAACAAGUAUGGAGUCAAUGGUCUACACAAUAAACUUUUGUCUUCAUUGUUAGAGGAAGAAAAAAUUCAUCCCGAUGCAUCCUACAUUGAAUCCUCUUUCUCCGUGAGAAGGAUUGCACAUAAAAAAGUUCUCAUUGUGUUGGAUGGCAUGGAAACCUUAGAGAAAAUAGAAGAUCUUAUCCAAAUAAUUGAUGGGGUGGGACCGGGUAGUAGGGUCAUCAUUACAACUAGAGAUAAGCACAUACUAAGUCAGUUCAGUAAUUGUGAAAUAUAUGAGUUUAAUGAAUUGAACAAACAUGAUUCUCUUCAACUAUUCAGUUUGUUUGCCUUCGGAGAAAAACAGCCUAAAAUUGGAUAUGAAGAUCUAUCAGAAAGUGUAAUUGCCUAUUGCAGAGGCAACCCUUUGGCUUUAAAAGUUUUAGGUAAAAAUCUCCGUUCAAGAGGCAAAAUAGUAUGGGAAGAUGAAUUGAAAAAGCUCGAAAAGAUUCCAAAUGGGGAAAUUAACAAUAUGUUAAAAUUGAGUUAUGAUAACUUAGAUAUUUUUCAAAAGGACAUAUUUCUAGAUAUUGCAUGCUUGUUGAGAGGAGAUAAUAAAAUGGCUGUGAUACAUUUGUUGGAAGCUUGUGAGUUCUUUGCAGAAAGUGGGAUAGAAGUCCUUCUAGAUAAAGCUCUCAUACAAAUAAAAUCAAAUUGGCUCUCGUUGGCCAAAUUGCAAAUUGAUGGUUUAGAUAUGCAUGAUUUGUUACAAGAAAUGGGAUGGGAGAUUGUUAAUCAAGAGUCUAAAGAACCUGGAAAACGAAGUCGGUUAUGGAGAGCUGAAGAAAUAUCUGAUAUAUUAAAAGAAAACAAGGGAACUGAAGUUGUGGAAGGUAUAAUAUUCGAUAGUACGGAUGUUGGGGAUAUUUACUUGAAGUCUGAUUCCUUUAGAAGGAUGACAAACUUAAGAUAUCUUAAUAUCUAUAAUGAAUCUGAUGGGAGCACAGGCAAUGUGUACUUUCCUGACGGUCUUGAGUGGAUUUCUGAUAAAUUGAGGUAUCUUCGAUGGAAAAGAUAUUGUCUUGAGUCUUUGCCAUCAACUUUUUGUGCUGAAAUGCUUGUAGAGCUUUGCAUGGCUCAAAGCAAGCUUAAAAAGCUCUGGGAUGGAGUUCAGAAUCUUGUGAAUCUAAGAACACUUUGGCUUGAAUCCUCCAAAGAUCUGAUUGAGAUCCCAGACUUAUCUAGGGCUACAAAUCUUGCUAUUGUACUUCUCUCGGAAUGUGAAAGCUUGCGUCAACUCCAUCCAUCCAUCUUUUCUCUCCCUCAACUUCAAUAUCUAGACUUAAGAGGUUGCAUAAGUAUUGAAAGCCUUAAAACAAACAUUCAUUCAAAAUCUCUUUGUCAACUCUUACUCAAUGGUUGUUCAUCUCUCACAGAAUUUUCAAUGACAUCGGAGGAAAUGACAAAAUUAUCCUUAUGUGACACUUCUAUACAUGAAUUGACUUCAUCGAUUUGGCAUAAUACCAAACUUACUGUUCUUGACCUAGCUGGAUGUAACAAGCUUACUAUUGUUGGGAAUAAGUUAACAGAUGAUCAUGGACUGGGGUCUGUUACAGAGCUAGACCUUUCAGGGUGCACAGAAAUCAAUGCAUCAAGUCUGUGGUCCAUACUUGAUGGUAUACAGUCUUUAAAACGGCUAAAAUUGAAUGAGUGUGUCAACUUAGAGUGUCUCCCAGAGAACAUGGGAAAGCAUUCAUUGCUUGAAUGGCUUGAAUUGGAUGAUUGCAGGAAACUUGUGUCUCUGACAGAGCUUCCGCCAUCCUUGUUAGAUUUUAAAGCCGUUAAUUGCACUUAUCUGGACACAUACACUACACAGCGGUCAUUCUUUGACAACAUGACACCAAAUUUCUUGGAAAAUGAAGGUGAUAUCGAUUUUUUCUUUUUCCUGCCAGGAGCACAAGUUCCAUUAGACAUUGAUUUGCAGACAAUCGAGGCUUCAAUAACUAUUCUUCCUAUUACUAAAUCUGUCUUGCGUGGUUUCAUAUUUUGCAUCCUUUUUUCUGAGGGCUUCACUAUUAACCGCCAUGUCCUUUAUUGUAUCAUCUUUGAAUGUGGAAAAGAAGUCGACAGACGUCGCAUUAGUCUCAAUUAUCUCGGGACAUUAAUUUCAGAUCAUGUAUUGAUGUGUUGGCAUGGUUACAACAUACAAGAAAGUGGAAGUUAUGAUUGUAACUUAUCAUUUCAAUUCAUACUUCAAGGUCCCAAUGAAGAACUGUGGUGGUCAACAGAGGGGAUAAAGGGGUGUGGGGUCUUCCCUGUAAGGAAGGUAUAUAUGAGUAGUUGCAUUAGUAAGGAAAUUGGUAAAUUAAAAUCCAUUGCUCAAGACUCUGAUGUGUCUAUAGCAAUUGGAGGUGAAGGAAGAAGCUCAAACAAUGAAAAUGAAUAUGACCAGGAACAACCUUCUUAUUCUCACAAAGAAGAGGAACAACCUUCUAUUCGUAGACCUCCUAUUAAACAUGUAUAUGUUAGACGCAGGCGCAAAGUAAUUAGACCCAAGUUUGUGUAAUUUCUAGUUAGUAGCGAGUUAGUUACUUUGAUUGUAGCACUAUAUAAUUUCCACUUUUCAAUCAUACCUUCCACGUUAGCUUAUUUUAUUGAAAGAUUUAAAUCCUUCAAUUGAAGAAUUGUUUUAAAACUCUCAUGAUUCUAGAAAAUAAUGACCGGCUGUAUUUUAUUGAGUGUCCAAAGAAUUAUAAUAGUCAGAAACGUUGUCUGUCUCA